AUGAGCAACAAGAGACCUUUUUUCCAUUUAGGGCAACUAUUUUCUGGCUUUUGCCCACCCUCUUCUUUUGAUCACUUUGAGACAGCGAAAGAUGAUUCAGAUGAUGGGGGAAUCUACGGUGGGAGAAAGACGAAAGAUGUGGUUUCGGUGACGGUAGACGACUCGCCAAGGAAAGUGAAAGUGAUUGACAGAAGUUCGAAAACAGUCAUUCCCAAAGACACAACUUCAAUCAAGAUGAAUGAACUAUGGAAAGAUGACCUUAUUCACAUCACAAAAGCAGAAACCACCGAUAGUGGAUCAAUAAAAAAGACUUUACCAUUGGAAGCAUCUGCUGAAGCAGAUCCCACCGCCCAAAGCAGCCCGGGUCGUAUUAUCUUUCAAUCAACGGUCAUGAUUGGUAUCUUUGUGCUAUAUUCGCUUGCAUAUUUCAACCAAGAGAAUAUUCAGUCCAUAUAUCUUGAUUCAGUUUUUGAGCUUCCCACAAAACACAUGAAGACAGUCUCUGAAAAGACUACUAAAAAUCUGAAAGAUCCCAUUGAGACGUCUCAAGAUACCACUAUCGAUGAAAAAUAUGUCAACCUGGAGUUCUACGAUGUGGAAUCGGCUUUAGGUUCCCAGGCGAACACCAUCAAUGGCGACAAAGCGCUUAGUACUGCUGGUGACACUUCGAUCUCAUCACCAGAACAUGGAGCGAUGUCCGAGGCUCUACACAAUAUUGACGACGACGGCACACGGCGGACAAGAGUGACGAUGACGCUGAAUCGGUUCGAAACGACUCUGACCAGGAGGAAACAAACGAGUCAGAUUGUGCUGCUGACAUUCGAAAACAAGUACAAAAGGAUACAACAGUACGGUUUUUCAAACUUGAAACAGAUGAAACGGGGCCAUAUCUUGUGA